AUGGUCGCGAAUCAACAAACGUUCGCCAACCUCUUCAAGAACCAACUAUGGUCUUUAACUCAACUAUGUGUGGACGUUUUGAUCUCAAUUUCAAAGAAUCUGUUAAGGCGACAAACAGCCGUCGCUACUGCCACUCAUUAUUCUAGCGAUGUGAAUAAAAUAUCUCCAACAGAAGCAUCUUCAAGUUGUCAUAAAUCUUUCAUCACAUAUACAAAUGCGACAGGAUCUAAAAAUAUCUAA